UUCUUUCUUUCUCUUUAUCCCCGCUUGCCAUAGCGACAUGGCAGGACUCACAGGCCCAUUAAGCGUCCACAGAUCAUUGGUGUCGACAUGCCCAAGAAAGGGAACCGAAAACGGCUGAAAUUUAAGGCCGGGGACGUUUGUUCGGAAUCAGUCACUGUUGCUGAUUAUGCUGAUGCCGACCCAGCCGUUGUGAAAUCGGGAAGGGUGAAAAAGGCUGUUGUAAAUGCAGUUGAAAAAGAAGUGAAAUUACUCUGUGGCCUGGAAGCAUCUCAGGGUGCUGUAGAAGAGGUCCUCUCGUCUGCAGUGAGUGUCAAAGCAGACGCUUUGGGCAGCAGUGAUGAGCUGGACCCAGAGGAAGAAGGAGAAAAUGAACCUAAGGUGGCCCGUAAAAAGAAAAACAAAAGGAGAAAGGAGAGCAGUGAGAGCAGUGACGGGGAGGAUUAUCCCGUUGACAUUUGGUUAGUUCUUUCCUCUUACAUUCGUCCUGAGGAUGUGUGCAGAUUCGCUCUCAUCUGUAGGAAUGCCUGGACAGUCACUUGCACAGCAGCUUUUUGGACCAGACUCUACAGAAGACACUACAAGAUUGAUACUGAUCUGCCGUUUCGUCUCCAGCCUGACUCCAUUGAUAGGAUGCUCUGCCUACGGGCUUGUGUGAUUCGUUCCCUUUUCCAUUUGUAUGAGCCGUUCAGCUUGCGUGUGUCAAAAAUUCCUGCACUGCCAGAAUCCACGCCAACUACCUUGAUCAACUCUAAGUGUUUACUCUUCUGGGUCAAAAAGCUGUCAGGAACUCGGCCAGAGACAUUGUGGGAGUUCAACUUCAAAUUUAUAAAGCAGCAGGGACACAGUAAGAAUGGUUGUGCCAAGUCCUUGUGCACGCCUCGACAAUAUGAAGAUGUUCACAUGAAUCCAGACUCUGACUGCUAUGUGCUUCAGGUCACCACUCUGAACUUCAUCUUCACUCCAGUAGUCAUGGGCAUGACGCUGACGCUGUUCACAAUCAAUGUAAGCACAGACAUGCGCCACCACCGCGUUCGUCUGGUGUUUCAGGACUCGCCACUGCAGCGGGGGAAGAAGAAAGGGGAUCAAAGUGGGACCCAGGUGGUGUUGGAUCCCGUACACAGUGUGAGGCUCAUGGACUGGUGGCAUCCACAGUAUCCCUCCUUACCCUACACAUGAAAGUCCUGACACCUCAGUUCCUGCUAAAGUAGACUGUCACAUCAGGAAUCCUGCCAUUAUCUCAUCACUCAUCAUUCAUAAAACGAACAAAAAAUAAUAUUGGAUCAUGUUGAGUGACACAUUUUUUGCACAUACACAUUUUGAUUGUCAUUUUCAAAAGGCCAAUCGUGACGGUCAUAACAUGGCACAUCCCUUUUCAGGCCCAGCCAUGCACACAUGGCAGAGAGGAACAUUUUGUGCGACCCACUGCAGUCCCCCGGUGUUUUACACAGACAACAUCGUUGCAUGUAUGACACGUUUUCUAAAAGAGUCCUUAAAGGCCAUGGAGGGACAGAUUACCAGGUUUUCAAUUUUGUUUGUCCCUAUAGUAAUUUGUUUUGUGCUAACUUGAAACAUUACCCUGUAAUACCAGGAUUUUGCAUUAGCUUAAAUUUUGACAAUGUUGCAUCAGCAGGGAUGUAUUAUUGUUUUAAAAACAUUUUUAUUGUGUUUAAUUUGAGGGAGAUUCAUUUAGUAUUAUGUAAACAUUAAUGACUGCUCUGCACUGAAUGAUCCAAAGAGAUGAUUUACCUCAGACACCAUCUGCUGAUCUAGGCAGUGUUUCUUUGUGAUUUUUGGCUAAAACUAUCCUGAUUGUCUUUUUUUCUGAUUAUGUGUGCUCUGUCCUUUACUGCCACCUGUGGCUUUCCAGUCUCGACUUGGAAUGGGUCAAAGUGUUUAAAGUGGUCCGUCUUGGUGUGUGUGUUCAGUGUGGGUAGAAUUUUACCAGUCACAUGCUACAUGAUGAAGCUACUGUUGACAUUGAUUUAUUCAUCUCUUCAACAUAGUCACAGUCAUUUAACCUGGACUGAUAUGCACAUAUGCUGUGAAAGAAAGUCACUAGAUUAACAACAUGCACUUGUAGUAAUAAAAAUUCUAGUUUGAUGGCAGAACGCCAUAGCAAAGGACAGCUGAUUGUUUUAGAAGUGGUCUAGUUUUAUCGAAUGAGAGUUCCAUUGAUAAAUAAGCUUACCAUACUGAAAUAAAAACUGAAACUGCCCAUUCAAA